AACCUACUGCAAUUAGUUUCUAAUUUUUCAGCCGCUCAGAUUUUCCCUCUCUUCUUCGCACCAAAAUUCUCAGCCCGCCACUGCAAAAGUCUCAUUCUUCUCUUUCCCGUUUUCAAUUUCAAUCGAUUUUUAGGGCUUCUCUUCGAUUCUGGCUUCCCUAUUCACAAUUUUUAGGGCUUCGUUUUAGACCCUAAAAAAAAUUGAGAGACGCAAGUGCUGCGAUUCACCUGUGCAAUUGCAUCGAAUUGCACUUCUCACCGUUCUUUGAUCUCUUCUCAAAGACUUUAAGACGCAAGUGCUGCGGUUGGAUCGAUUCACCUGCAAUUUUUUUCAGACCUAAGGACACAAGUGCUGCAAUUUUUUUUCAAACGGAGAACGCAAGCGCUGCAAUUCAUUGCAACUAUAUUUUUUUUAUAAUUUAUUGUUAUAGCAUCUGCCCGUAUGGACCAAGAAGAGGAGAACAAGUAUACUGAAGAUGAGAUGUGUAGGUCAAUGGCUGAAAAUGAAAGAAUAUCUUUGAUAAUGGAAGAUGGUGUGUUUGGCAUGGAGCAAAACAAUUUCAUUAGCAAAAAUGAUAUCAGUCACUUUUGUUUAAUGAAUCCAAUAUCUAGUAUUUGCAUUUCUAUAUACAUGAGGCAUCUUUGGUCAGUAUUGCAACAAAAGAACAAGGGUCACCUGUAUGGAUUUGUUGAUCCAAGUCACAUCUCUCAAUCAACUGGAAAAAUUGAGGCUAGAUCAAAUGCAUUAUCACAUAGAUUUGAAUCUGCCCACUUAGACCAGUUAUUUUUUGCUCCUUAUAAUACAGGGAAUCAUUGGUUACUGGUUGUUAUCAACCCUUUGGCGGCAUUGGUGUAUAACCUUGACCCGUUGAGUGACAUGAAUGUCAAUCUUGGAAUGAAGAAUGUUAUCGAAAUUGCCAUGAAGAUAUUUUAUGCUCAAAAAGGUGUAAAUAGUCGUAAAAAAAUACAUUGGCAAGUUAUUCAGUGUCCUAGUCAAGCAAGAGUUGAGGAGUCUGGAUAUUACAUCAUGAAAUACAUGAAAGAUAUCAUUGGAACUUCAAUCAAUACAAUUAAAGAUAAGGAAAAAAAUUCAUACACCCAAGCAGAGAUUGAUGAAGUUCGAGUAGAGUGGGCAGAAGUGGUUGACUCAUAUAUCCAAGCAAAUGAAGUUUAAUAGUUAGCAUAUUUAGUUUUGAAAUAACAUAGAUGGAUAUAUGUAUAUAUGAUCGAAAUAUGAUGCGGUGGUUUUGUAUUUAAGUAGAUGUUUCAUUGGUCAACUUGAAUUGAUUUUUGGUCUACCGUACUUCUAAUUUUGGGAUUUCCCAUCUUUAAUUAUUACUUAAUGAAAUUUUGAAUUAAAG